AUGGCAUCUAUUCGAAAUUCAUCUCUACAGAAAAGUAGAAAAUUAGUUGUUGUUGGUGAUGGAAUGUCUGGUAAAACAUGUCUUUUAUUUGCAUUCAAAGACGAUGAGUUUAGUUCGGAUCAUGUACCAACUGUUUUUGAUACAUAUGUUGCUGAGAUUGAAGUUGAUGGAAAUACUGUUGAUUUAGCUUUAUUCGAUACCGCUGGUCAAGAAGAUUUUGAUCGUCUUCGUCCACUUUCAUAUCCUGAUACAAACGUUAUAAUUAUGUGUUUUAGUGUUGAUAAUCCAGUAUCUGCAGCAAGUAUUACUGAAAAAUGGAUUCCAGAAGUACGACAUUUCUGUGGUUCAUGUCCAAUAAUAUUGGUAGCUUGUAAAGUAGAUUUGAGAACAGAUCCUCAAGUUGUUGCAUCAAUGAAAGCCAAAGGUCAAAAACUGGUAUCAACUGAAACUGGAAAACAGAUUGCAACACAGAUCAAAGCUGAUGCUUAUAUGGAAUGUUCAGCAAAAACUCGUGAAGGAGUACAUGAUUUAUUUAUUCUUGCAGCUCGUUUAUCAUUAAAAAAACGUAAUCGAUAUAGAAAACAUCGUAAAUGUUUAUUAGUUUAA